UGUAAUAGUGAGGGAUGGUGUGACCUUUCUGUGUGGAAUCCCGGGAAUACAGAGGACGGGGACAUCUCUCUUUGGGGGUUCCUGGUAUUAGGUGGCUCCAUCAUAUCCUUGUGUCCUUCUGAAAAACUCCUCCAUCACUCCAUACUCCUCAUCCUCCUCUUUAUACUCUUUUUUAAACAUCAAUAUUAUCAUCCCCGAGGAUUCCACUCUGAAAGAUAUACGGUGAUGUGAGGGGCAGCUGAUUGUCCAUCAUGACGUCCUUGUAGAGAUCCUUGUGUCCUUCUAAAUAUU